AUGGAUGUUGCUACAAGUGCCGAGCAAGAUGACGACAUCAUAAACAUUCAGAAUGAGCUUGAAUUGUUCAGGUCCAGGUAUAACGAGAUGCUACUCUUGUCGGGGCCCGUUCUUGUGGACUCCCUCCGUUCCCUCACUUCGGUGCAGACUGCUCUUUUGAUGAUAGCUGGCGCACGGAAUCUUUCUCAAGUCACGGAAGACGACUUUGUCGUUAUUCACUCCUACAUGAUUGAAAACGGUUGGCAACAAGCUACCACGACCGCCUUCUUCGAACAAACAUCUGGGGAGGGAGGAGAAGUGGAAGAAACUCAGCUGCUGCCUAGGACAGCAUUGUUGGCAGCUGUACCACAGGUUGAUACAGAGCUCACCAGGUGGGGCCCGUUGAGCGCCGAAGAUACCCAUUCACAAGUACAAUGUGAACCAUGUUUGAAAUUGAGAAGAACAUGUGAUCUGGGACGGCCAAUUAUCCACAUCGUCACGUCACGACCGAAGACAGCCUCCCUCCCCUUAGUCGCUCUCACGGUCCUAGCCACGACCGACUGA